CGGGUCUCCUCGUGCAGCACCUGUUGCUGUUUGACCGGGAUAGGCGGGACUAUCGGCUGUAAUCCAGACAGAGUAAACUAAUGCAGUCUGAAUAGUGCUCAUGCAUCAAACUCUAAACUGAAUUAUUUCAUGGUUUCGUACCACAUUCCACCUUCAUUUCACUUAGAGCACACAGGACCACCUGUGGAAGCGGAACUAAGGUCGGGAUGGACCCCGUGCCAAUAGGCUGGACUGUGCACACCUGUGAGCAGAGCGGUGAUGGGACAGGCCUCAUAAAUAGGGGGGCCCAGGAUGCAGAGACCAACUCACAUAUCCAUGAUCUCUUUCAUGAAGACGCACAGGGCUUCCAGCAGUCCAGCCAGCCAUGGUGGAGGAUCAAUAUGUUUGUGUGGGAGCCGGUGCUCUUUGGUACCUGGGAUGGAGUUUUCACCACUUGCAUGAUCAACAUCUUUGGCGUGGUUCUGUUUCUACGUACCGGCUACCUGGUGGGGAACACGGGUGUUCCGCUCGGGAUGUUCCUGGUCUCCUUGGUCGUGUUGGUUGCUUUGGUGACAGUGAUGUCAGGGAUCGGAGUGUGUGAGCACUGUGGUGUUAGGAGUGGAGGAAUCUACUCCAUGAUCUCUACAGUCCUGGGUGGCAGGGUGGGAGGCACCGUGGGCCUCCUUUACGUGUUUGGGCAGUGUGUAGCUGGAGCCAUGUACAUCACAGGUUUUUCUGAGUCUGUGGCAGAGCUCCUGCAUCUACAGAGCCAGUGGGCCGUUCAGGGUAUGUCCAUAGCAGUACUGCUGGCACUGCUUGGUAUUAACCUGGCUGGUGUCAAGUGGAUUGUCCGACUCCAACUGGUGCUACUGGCCGUGCUCGCUGUCUCCACGCUGGACUUUGUUAUUGGCACCUUCACCCACCUGGACCCAGAACACGGCUUCAUCGGUUACUCAGCCGGCCUGCUCAGCAGCAACACCAUGCCAGAUUACAGCACAGGAGAAAACUUCUUCACAGUCUUUGGAGUCUUCUUUCCCGCUGCUACAGGGGUUAUGGCAGGCUUCAACAUGAGCCCAGACCUUCAGAGGCCUGAACACAACAUCCCCGUGGGGACACUGGCAGCUGUCUUCACCUCGUGGUUCCUGUAUCUGGUCUUUGUCUUCCUCCUGGGGGCCAUCUGCACCAGAGAAGCUCUGCGCUAUGACUUCUUGAUAGCAGAGAAGGUCUCCUUGGUGGGUUUCCUCUUUCUGCUGGGCCUCUACAUCUCCUCCCUGGCUUCCUGCAUGGGCGGCCUGUACGGUGCACCCAGGAUCCUGCAGUGCAUCGCCCAGGAGAGGGUCAUCCCUGCUCUGGGCUUUCUUGGACGAGGGAAAGGCCCAAACAGGACUCCAGUUGCAGCUAUCUGCCUGACCAGCCUGCUGACCAUGGUCUUUGUCUUCAUCGGUAGGGUCAACGUCCUGGCCCCAAUCGUCAGCAUCAACUUCAUGCUCACCUACAGCUUCAUUGACUACUCAUACUUCAGUGUUGCCAUGACCUUCAAGCUGCAGAGUAAAGACAAGAGGGGCACUCUUCUACUUAGACACAGAAACCAGCGCAGGUCCAACAGGCAGAUCUCAAUGCCUCUGAUCGGGAACACUCUCCCAAACUAUGGGAGUGGAGGUGGGAGCCUGCAUGGGAAAGGGACACUGUUGGAGUUCACCAAAGACAUGGACCAGAUAUUUCCUCCCCUAUCAAAUGUUGAUGUCGGAGCUGGGAAGACCCUCUCAAAGCAAAAGCCAAAGAGUGCAAACAAAGGAAGAAAGGCUUAUGUAACAACCAAGCAGAAGCUGUUGGACAGCUACGGCUUUGACGUCAACAGCAACUUGUUCUCAGAUGAAAAUGAAGAGAUAAGUUCAGCUUCUAUACAAGAGGAAGCUGAGGUGCUGGGUGGAGGCAUGUGGCCCAGGGCAGGAGAUGAACAAGAGCAAGAAGCUGAAUACCAUUCAAAAACACAUCAUGUGGAGCAGGAUCCCUCUGCCUUCCCUCACACACACAGUGCAGAUCUUUCAGGUGCUGGAGGUAAAAUAGAGCACCGCUACGUUGAAAUCAAACCGAUGCAGGACUCGGUCUAUGCAAAAUUCUGCAACCACUGGGUUGCUCUUCUAGGGGCAUUAACCUCCAUAUUGAUUAUGUUUGUUAUUCAGUGGCUCUAUGCCUUAGCAAACAUAGUCGUUGCCUUGCUGCUCUUCCUCUACAUCGGGAAAACAAGUCCUGGACUACCCAUAGGUAUUGCAGCCCGAUUUAGCUUUUUCACAUGGCUCAAAUCAACAGUGAAAAGCAUUUGCAGGAGCAAAGGACCCCCUCAGGAGGAGAUGGUGGUCACGCCUUCCCUUUCGGGGGUCGGCCUGAAAACCAAACAGCUGACAGAGGAAAACGCUGACUUUGCCUCUCGUCACCGCCAUCACCAAUCCUCAUUUAUCAGGGCAGACAAGAUGGUGCAACCAGCACUCCACUGACCAACUGAGACAAGGCUUUAUGCAUGGAACAGCUGAAAGCCUGCAAACACUUUAUCAGCCUCAGACUGUGCCUCAUGUUGUCCUUAUUCUGUAACUUUAUUGUAUUUAACAAAGACAUUUAUUAUUUAAGGUUUAUUUCUCUUCCAUGAAAAUAAACUGAUUUAAAAGUGA